ACAAACAUUGUUUUUGAAAUCGAAGCGAUAUGCUGUGCAUUGAAUUAAUCACAAAAUACUGGAAUUUAUACCUAAAAGGUUCUUUCAAACGUUUAGAAAUUUCACCAUAGACAUCGUGCUUUUAAGGGAUGGAUUUGAAUGUAAUGGAUAAAUUACGUUUACUAAAAAUCGACACGGAAUUACGACCACAGAUCAAAAUGAAACCAAUGAGUCGUUAUUAUUUCCUCACCACCACAAAUCCUGUAGAGCAAUUCUUCGUUUUCGCAUCUACUGCCGCCUGGCUCAUCCGGAAGACUGGUCAAGAGUUUGAGCAGCCUAACGAAGAAGACGAUCCCAAUGCAACAAUAGCAAGCAUACUAGACGUACUACGUGAAAGAGAAAUAACCGUUGAUUUCUCUUCACACAAACUCAAACAAGGUUAUGGAGACCAAGUCUGUUAUAUUUUGAAUGUUUUGGCCGAUGAGGCGUUCAAAAAAGAAAAUUUUGAAUGGGAGAAACCAAUCAUCGAUAUCCCUGAUCCUGAAGAAUUAUCAGAUGACGUCGAUCAAAUAGAAGAUGAGACAGAAAUAUUUCUCGAUAAAAUCGAAGAAGAGAUGAUCGGUCAUUCAGAUGAUUCUGGUGACGAGAAUAAAGAGGAAAAAGAAUCAAUGAAAUCUGUUACUAUGGUACAUGAUUGGGAAGAAUGGAAAUUGGAAUUAGAAAGAGUUGCACCAGCUUUAAGAUUGAAAAUAUCGGCUGAUGGACGAGAUUGGCGAGCGAGAUUAUCUCAAAUGGAAACCUACAAAAAUGAACUAUUGGAAAGACUCAAAACAACUGGAUCACAAUUGAACAAAGUACACAACAACAUUAGUUCAGUAAUGGAUAAAGUUUCUGCACGUGAAAAUAUUCUGAACGAACAAUUUGAACCUCUUGUUAAAGAAUAUGGUUCACUUUUGAACGAGCUAAAGAAAGCUACUGAUGAAUAUAAAGAAGUGAGUGCCGGAGUUACUGAACGACAGGAGAAAUUGAAUGAAGUGACUGCAAAGGUAGAAAAUAUUAAGCAGAGAACAGAACAGAAGGGAUCUUCUAUGAAUGAUACUUCUCCUUUGUUAUCCGCUAAGAAAGCUGUGGAAACUUUAAAAAAGGAUAUACAAGAAUUAGAUUUUCAAAUUAUUGUUUUAUUGUGGCUUUUGAUAUCAAAGGAAAGUCCGAAGAGUAAUAUUUUUUUGACUAAUACUGAAACUGGAAUCUUAAAUAAGGAAUAUUGAAAUACUAAGCUAAGUUUAGUUAAUUUAAUUUCUUUACGGAGAGAUAAGAUUUAUUAUCUAUAA